GCAGAUUUUCGAGCGUGAAAAAUCAGCUUGCAUGGACCUCGACUGACCGGUCUUAAUGCAAGGAUUGCGAGCGUCUAGCACAGCCGGAGAGGAAAACUCAAGGAUGUGAACAAUCAAACUAGCGCAAAUGCCCAACAAGGCACGGCCUCGUCGAGAGUGGUCUCCCCAGUCCCCUAUAGAUGUAUUGUGGAUGUCCCGCUCUGCUAUGAGGCCGGCCGAGGGCGACACUUCGGACUGCAUCCUGGUGGUUGGCAUAUCCAGACCGAAGAUGGCCGCCGCUUUCCUCACGGUCGUCCUCCUCUCCCUCUUUCUGACCUUCCACAUUCUCUACGACAGCGCCGUGUACAGCCUGCACGCGGUCUCCGCCGUCGAGGGUCGUACCGUCGAGCUCGUAUCGCAAGUACGCGCCACACCGCCGUUGCUCUUCUCCAGCAAGGUACACUUCCCGCGCACCAGCCGACAUCUACCUCAGGCGAUCAUCAUCGGGGUGCGCAAGUGCGGCACCAGGGCCCUCCUGGAGAUGCUCUUCCUUCAUCCGCAGAUCCAGAAAGCCGCCGGCGAGGUUCACUUCUUCGACCGCGACGACAACUAUGGGAAAGGUCUCGAAUGGUAUCGACGGAAAAUGCCCUACUCCUUCAGGGGCCAGAUCACCAUCGAGAAGAGUCCUAGCUACUUCGUCACGCCAGAGGUGCCCGAGAGGAUCCGUGCAAUGAACGCGAGCGUGAAAUUGCUGCUGAUAGUGCGCGAGCCCGUAACCAGAGCGAUAUCGGAUUACACUCAGCUGCGAACGCACGCCGCGACCGCGUCCACCGUGACGAACGGGACGCCCCGGAGUGUCCAGCAGCUGCAGCAACAGCAAGCAGCCCGUAGCUUCGAGGAGCUGGUGAUACGACCGGACGGCACCAUCAACGAGUCCUACAGACCCGUCGCGAUCUCUCUCUAUCACACGUACAUGCACAGAUGGCUGGAGGUGUUCUCCAGGGAGCAGAUCCUCGUGGUGAACGGCGACCAGCUGAUCGAGGAUCCUGUGCCGCAGUUGCGGAGGAUCGAGAGCUUCCUCGGUCUGGAUUCGCGAAUCGGCAGACACAACUUCUACUUCAACCACACGAAGGGGUUCUACUGUUUGCGUAACGAGACUUCUGAGAAGUGUCUGAAGGAGAGCAAGGGCAGGCGACAUCCGAGAGUCAGCCCCGUGGUGGUCACCAAGCUUAGGAGGUUCUUCAACGAGCACAACCAACGAUUCUACGAGCUCGUCGGCGAGGAUCUCGGCUGGCCCGAGGAAUAACCGUCGUAGAGGCACCGGUUCGAUCGCUGUCGCCGCCGAUAACGGUUUUGCGCGCAGUCACGAUGGAUCGUCGAGGCGAGAAUCCGUUCGAGAACACGGCUGGUCCGCUGUUCUCCCAACAAAAUCAACGCGAACGAGGUUCUGGCGCUCGAGCAGGAUCCAAGUGAGGCUAGCAAUAGCGGGAAACUCGGAGGUAUCGGGGGAUUCGUUAAAUCGAGGAACACCGAAGAGAACGGCAUCGAAGAACUCGACGGUGAAGAAAAUGCAAACGGCGGUGGAGAACAUGGCGGGAAUCGUCGGAACGAAGAUUCGAGCGGAGAAGAUCGCGUCGUGUCUGCAGCCGCGUCGCUCGGAAGCGCGUCGUUGCCGGUGCGUUCGUCGUUUCGACGAUCGUCGGAAGAUCCUUACGGAACGGAAUGCUUCGAUAGUAACUGGCACACCUCAUCGUGGAGAGAAUUAAGGCUGAUCAGGAUGAGUACCUUUUAUAUUUUACUGAUUAGCUGUAAGAUCAAAAUGGGGUAGCGGCUCGAUGGCGUCGGGCCUGGCGCGCCGUGCGUGUGCUCGAAUAUCGGAAGAAACGGUUUCUCACGGUUGAACGGAAUCAUCUUUUUGAUACCACCAUUUGCAAAACCGGAAUCGUAUUUCCAUUUCUUGAGUUCACACGAGUUUAAAUCGUACGCCUCACUGGUAUCGUUGGGUCGUAUAUAGAAAACUAUGGAGACACCUCUUGCGCUCGCCGCCAGAGGGCAACCUUUCUCGCAAUUACGACCGACCACCGAUUCCUAUAUGUACACUCCUCGACUGACUUUGAGGCGAGGCUGUUUUCACAAAAAGUGUUUCACUUAAUCGAUCAUAUAAUUUCCAUUAGCCUCUAUUAUAUAGUGAAAUGACAAUUAGAGAGAAUAUCAACCGAAAACAAAAGUAAUUGAAGCAGAUGCAUGACCCAACGGUACCAAACGAGGGUGAACGCUGGAACUCUGUUGAUAAAAUGCAAAAGAGCGAGGAUGAUGAUGGGGUGGUUAGAAAAUGGAAAGGUGCGAUGAGGAUUCCUUAAAAGUGCAACAAUCCUGCGAGGAUUGUAGGAAGGGCACUCGAGCACGCGAACCUGGAGUGGUCGUUGGAGAGCCCAGUGGCAACGAGCGAAGCCAUUAAAUCGAGUGCAUGCAAUUUAAUGGAUACAUGCUCUGCCCGGAACUCUUCAUUAUUAGCAGAGAUCCUGAGUCCCCUCUUGCGUUCGCGUUUCAGUCGCUCGUCCUUGCGUGCUAAUUGCUUCGAAUUGCUUUUUCAAUGCGCCGCCGAGACCGAUUUCUCGCGGCGAAAAAAGAUUUUCAUCCUCGGAACGUGACGUGCGGAGAUUGAUAAUGAUUGCCCCCGCGAUCGUAUGCAUUGAAACGGGAUAAUUUGGCACUUAGCCCGUUCAGCAAUUUCGACAAUGUAAUCCGACAAGCGUGUAACGGGCGCGCUUAACAUUUCAGCGAACCCGUUGAUUAAAAUUUAAUCAAACGUUUUAUGGUAUAAAUUCGAACGGGGAGAUUUUAGGAAUUCAUCGAGCGGUCGAUCGACGAUAAACGCGAGCCAAGAGGGUUUUAAAUUUUUUAAUUAAUCUCCAAAUUGUUAUUUUCCACGUUUAGACGAAAAUUGAAUAGUAUAUUCUCGUCGUAGCGAGCAGAAUCGCGUCGAAGUUUCGUACAGCGAUGGCGGGGCAUCCGCCACGCGGAAUCGAGCCAAUCUCAGGGAAGAAAUCGCCUCAUAAUUAUGUCGGACGCGUUGCGCGAUCACCGACGAUACGCACGUUCGAGAAUCACAACAUUUCCACUUGAGACAGCUUAUCCCGCUCGAUGACAGAUGGUUUAAAAAUCGAGAAUAAUCCGGUUACUUCCUAAAUGACAUGCGCACACAAUAUUCGCGCGUCGGUCAGGAUCGCGUAACGCUGUCCUGGCAACAGCUACACAUUCUCAUUUUCUCGAUUAACGCGUUAUAGGACAAGAAUAUAAAGUUUGUCAUCCGCAUCUUCCAUUUCUAUUUCUCAUUCGAUCUGAAACUGAUGAUUCCGGGGAAAUCGGCGAGAAUAGUUUUUAGCGUUGAUUCGACUUCAUUUGAGGGGGUGGUCUGGUCUCUUUGGGUCUGUCAGGACUGCAAUUUUUUAAAAAUGGUGCAUAGUGAUCCUGGGCUAAAACUUAGAAGUGCUACAAUAUGCCUAGUUUUUUUCAUUUUUUAAGUUUGUUUUUGGUACAAUUUAAAGAGAAGAAUCAUCAUUUAGAUAGUGAUUAACUACCCUGUUAACUGAUUCUAUCUAAAACUGAAAAGGGAUGCAAUACCAAAGCAUUCAUUUUUUUUAAAGUAAAGGUGAUCUUGAAGUAUAACACAAAUUAUAUUGUUCACGAUGUUCUAUUAGGUGCCAUGGGACUUUAUAAUUGUAAUUUAAAAAAAAUUACUGAAUAACUAGGUGAUCAGAUACUGAGCAUGUAAACUCAAAGAGGCUGCAACGAAAAAUAGCAAUUUUUUCAAAAAUAGAGGUGAUUCUGAAUUUUAAUACAAAUUAUAUUGCUCCCUCAAGUAGGUAAUGAUCAAAUAUUUUUGAAGUAUAUUUACCUAAAACUCAAGGAAAUGCAAUAAUGUUCUCAGAAAUUCUGUUGUGAUCCAAUAAGAAGUGUUUAUAAUUUGAAUAUAAAUGAUAUUCUUCAUUAUAUUACAUUAAGUUUCGUCGUAUUUUGUUCCAAGUACAAUUUGAAAAGGAUAAUCAUCAUCUAGAUAGUGAUUCACUUCUUUAAUUCUUUCAAAAAUACUAGUGCUCCUGAAUUUGAACAAAUUAUACUAUCCACUAUAUUGCAUCCAGUCUCAUUGGAUUUUGUCAUUGCAAUUUAUAAAAAACUGAUGAAUAACUACUCAUCAGGCUAAAAUUUAAGGAAAUGCAACAAUAUAUCUAGUUUUUUUCACAAAUUUAGAGUGAUUUCGAAUUGGGACACAAAUUAUAUUCUUUGCCAUUGCAAUUUAUAAAAUAUGAUUAAUAACUAGGUAGUAGACAACUACUAUUGAAGUGACCCUACCUAAAACUCAAAGAGGUUGCAACAAAAAAUAGCAAUUUUUUAAAAAAUAGAGGUGAUUCUGAAUUUUAACACAAAUUAUAUUGCUCUCUCAAGUAUAACUAGGUAAUGAUCAAUUAUUUUUCACUUGUACCUACCUAAAACUCAAAGAAAAUGCAACACCAGAACAUCAAUUUUCCAAACCUAUUACUGAUCUUAAAUUUUAACACAAAUUAUAUUGUUCCCUCAAGUAUAACUUACCUAAAAGGUAUAUACCCAAUAAUAUACCUAAAAGGUAAUGAUUAGACUGCGGAUGUUUAUGCAUUUAUGGGAAAUUUUAAUUUUCAAAAAACUACAGAAUUUAGUUCAUAUGCAAGAAUAUAAGAAAUACUUAAAGUAAGGUACAAAUUAUUAUAUCUAGGGGUUGAGACAACCCUCUACAAAGCUCCAAUUUCAUUAAUUUUAUUAAUAAAAAUAUGAAUUUGCAUGAAGAUCCGCAGUCUAGUAAUGAUCAACUAUUUUUCAAGUGUACCUACCAAAAACUCAAAGAAGAUGCAACACCAGAACAUCAAUUUCCAAACCAAUUACCGAUCUUAAAUUUUAACACAAACUAUACUAUUCCAUCAAGUCCCAUCAGAUUUCAUAAUACCAAUUUAAAAAAAAAAAUUCAAUGAUCAAGCUGCUUAACAGAUGACCCAAAUGUAAAACUCAAACGAGCCAGCGAAAGAUCGAUUUUUCGAAAAGUCGUAGACCAAGACCACCCCCGUCAGGGGCGACUCAUUAGCCCCGGGGAGCGGGGGGGAUUAACAGCGCGCGCAGAAUCGCUCAAACGUUCCUCCGGGUGGGGGUAACGAGUUUACCCGAUGCCGUAGAGAGCGGAGGAUCAGCGCAGCGUGCAGAAUCGAUCCGAAUCGCCGUUAGAAAUAUCGUGGACGGUGAAGGAGCUUCGACGGGUACGAUCUUCGAUAUCCCACGGUCGCUGGUAUCCCGCAGGAGCGUCCCGUCGAUGCUGUAAACGCCGGUCGGGAGAGGGUCGUUACUCGGAUGGGGCGGACGUCUGUCGGGCGAUUCACGAUUUCGAGCACACAUCGGCGCGGCGGCGGGUAUUUAGGUCGAUCGAUCUCCGCUCGGGAGAAUGAUCCAUCGACGCCGUUACCCACGUUCCUCCACGUGGCUGCGCGCAAGACAGCGCGCGUCUUGUUCCGUGGGUGCACGCGCGUGGUGCAGACGAGAGGUAACUAUAACCAGGUGCAACGAGGACUGGCUGGAAAGAUAAACAGCUGCGCCAGGGCCGAAACCGUAAUAAAAUGAUAGGGAUGAAGCUAAUAUUUUGAACGAUAAAUUCUCAUCCUCGAUAUUAACACUUUGACGUCAUCCAUAUAUGGGUAUUUUACAUUUGGAAUCUUUAAAAAGCUGAAAUGUUAAAGAAAAUAAAUUUGAAUAGAAUUCAUGAAUUUUAAUAUGGUUACGAGAAUGAUUACUGAGAGAAAUUUUAAUUUGUAUAGUUUAUCUUUGUUUCUCGAUCACAGAAAAAGUCGUACAGUUUUGGUCUGGCAGUCAACGUGUUAGUAUUGUUACAUGAUAAUGUAAACGAGGAGUGAAGAUACAAAUUAAGGAGAACUAUAUUUCAACAUUUAAUUUAUCUAUUUAUUACAAUUGGUAGCUUUUACGUUAAUUGUGUGUUUGAACUGUUAGAAUUUAAAUUAAUUCUAAAUGAUUCAGUUGAUGAUUUGAACAACACGUUCAACUCAUUUUUCCCAAUCUUCAACCGUAUUAUUUGAUGCAAUAUAGUUUGUAGUCGUGUUAGGGCCCUCUGUUUACAUUUUCUGCCAGUCUCCGUUGCACCGUGUAUAGCACGGACGCGCGUAAACAGACACACACACACACACACUACACGCAAACACACACAGAGAGACCACACGAUUCACACGAAGUAACAGUAACGCCGGCCAAAAUAAAAUAGAGACGAGAGGGUUCGUCGAAUACGAAACCGUUCGCGAGAAACGCGAGAAGACGACCGUUUCUCUGUAUCGGGGAUCGGGACGGUCCGUGUCGUGGAUCCUCCGUCGCCAUGGAUCACAUUGGUCCGUGAGUUUACAUAUCAUAUAGGUUAACUAGUUCAUAUUACAGAAGAUUUAAUAUUUUUAUAAUCCACAUUGGAAGUUGUUAUAUCGAGUCGUUAAGCUUAUUGUGUAUAGGAGGAGAGCCCAUCCGCGGGGAUCGGGUCUCAGGGGCGGACAAAGAGGGCUCCCGCGCGACCCGUGCUCUUUGAUUUCGUCGCUCCCGGUCGACCAAUCGGUAGCGUUCCGUUUCGCGCGCUCCACGAAAGGACGACAUCUUUUAUUUACGAUCGAUUCGCCGUACAAAUUAGGACGAUGAUGGGUGAACGUUCCAAGCGUGUACCACUCUCGGGUUCGACGCUGUUUCUACCGGAAGUGUCGAAUGGAGACGUUGAAAACUACGGUUGGUAUUAUUUUUCAAGCUUAAUCGUUUUUACCAUACUUUUCCUACGAGUGUUCUUAACUCUAGAUUUACGGAUGCACAUAUUUUUAUUAACGAUUUCAUUUAAAAAAACAGUCUUUUGUUUAAUUGGAAUGUGGAUUCGUUAUAUCAAUCAAAUUCGAUGUAAAUUGCUAGCAAGUGAUAUUUGUGAGCUCUGUAACUUCAAAUAUGGAAUCUGAAGACCCGGUUAAGCUAGUGUAAAAUUAAUUUAUUCUUUUUAAGGCACCUUUGGUCGAGAUAGGUUUGAAUGAAAUUGAGGUAGAAACAGUGUUGGAGAGUGAGUUGAGAAAGUAGCAUUCACGUGCAAUUACCUAUUGAGUCUGAAGAAAAUAUAUUUAUUAUUCAUGUUACAGCACUUUCUGUAAAUAAAACUGUUUAAAUAAUUAGAGUAUUAAUACAUAAAUUGAGACAGAAUCUGACAAGUAGACUCCAAAUUUCUUUUUCUACUAUUAUUGCUAAAUCAUGAAGUGGUUACGAGGCAAUACAAAUUUGUUAACUAUUUUUUGUAUAAAUAUGUGAUCCCCCAUAAGUAUAAAAGUCAAGUUUAUUCUAUUAUAUUUUAUUAAACGUAUGUUUAUGUACGUUUAGGUCCUCUCAGAUACAUUAUACUCGCGAAUGCUACUUUCUUUACAUGUUACUUAAUACUUGGAGUCCUCAAAGACAGGUUGGAACGAAGCAGUCGAAGCCUCAAUUAUGUUUGAUCGAUAUUCGCUACGUGGUACCAUAAGCAGGAUAACUAUCAUUGAAAGUACGAAACGAGAAAGUAUUAUAAUAAAUUAAAGAUCGUCGAAGGAUUUUUGCUUCGAUAUGGUUCAAAAAUUAUCGCGAAUUUACAUAUCGUCGUGUUAAGGAUUCAUAAUAAGGGAUUCCCCGAUACUUAAAGAUUCUUUGCAUUUGAGAAAUGCUCGCCCCAGCGUCUGCUUUCGCGUAAGAAUUAGGUCGUAAUGGUGUAACGCAUACAUAUCAAAAAAUGUGAUAUAACGAAGUACAGUUUUUUAUAGUCUAUGUAAUAUACGAAUUAUUAAAGGAGUUAAGGCAAUAAUAACUUUAAACGUUUACUAUGGAAUAGGAACAAUUAUGUAUUUAUGGAUUAAGAAUUAACUCGUUGAAUUGCAUAUUUUUGCUUGACAGGCGCGAUGAGGUUAACUGUUAAUAUAUUAUUAAUAUAUUGUUCGAUCAACGUUUGCUCGAAUGUCGAAAUUUAUUAUUUACAAAAGUGAAAAAUUCAUAAUGUAUCUUAACGUAAGCUACUUCAUAAUUUUUACCAUAAAAAUUCUUCGCAAUAAUUAUUUUUCGUCGUAUCAGUUCGAACGUAUCGAAUCGUAUCUGAAAGCGUGGAAAAAUGAAAUUUAAUAACGUAAUACAGAAUGGGAGCAAUUUCGUGUAUAUUUUUAAAACAUCGCUAUAAACAAGUAUCAUUGGAUAAAUUCUCUAAAUAAUCUGUAUAAGAAGGGAAAUAAUUUUAUUCGAAAAAUGAACCAAUUCUGUGGGGGUAUUUUUUUUAUAAACAAGUAUCAUUGGAUAAAUUCUCUAAAUAAUCUGUAUAAAAAAAAAUAAAAAUUACUCGAAAAGUGAACCAAUUCCGUGGGUUUAUUUUUAUUAUAAACAAGUACCAUUGGAUAAAUUCUCUAAAUAAUCUGUAUAAAAAGGGAAAUAAUUUUAUUCGAAAAAUGAACCAAUUCUGUGGGGGUAUUUUUAUUAUAAACAAGCAUCAUUGGAUAAAUUUUCAAAAUAAUCUGUAUAAAAAAAAAAAAAAUUAUUCGAAAAAUGAACUAAUUUCGUGGGUUUGUUUAUUCUGAAAAUUCGAUGAAGAGAGACUCGAGGAGCCAAAAACUGUCCCACGGGGGCCACUCAGAUUAAUUUAAAAAGAUCCGCCGGAGACGUCGAGAGGCGCUGUCCAGCUUGAAAGACAGAAAUCCUGAAAGAAUCUAUCGGGAUUGGUGACGUCGAUUUCCCUGCUCGCCUUAACGUAAAUCUACAGAUAGCCCCGUCGAUGUUUCCAUUCGGGUCGCCGUAAUGGACCUUAUAUCGCAGAUCCUUCGAUGUACGCCCAUUUCGAUAUCCAAGGCACGAGAUUGAAGUAGGGAUAUCAGGGAUGAAAAGGAAGAAAAGGGGGGUGGUGGGGGCAACGGGGACGGGUCUCGUAUAUCACGCGGAGAUAAAACUUCUCGAU